CAGCACGAGCGUUCUCCCCACACGUUUGUUUGGUCUUACUCCGCCAAACAAUCGCCUUAAUAGCAGUUCUGCGCAUCUGCCUUCCCCCAGUGCGGCUCGACUUCACGCAAGCCUCGGCCAGCUUACCCCUGCCAGCCCCUCGAGGUACCCCAAAGCUCAUGCGCCUCACAGCCAUCCAUCGUCAUCCGCACACUAUCUAAACACACACAUACUCGCGAAGAAGGUGCGCCGCACCGCCAAACGUCACAAUGGUGUUCCUCGGCAUAUACCGCGCACUCUACGACUAUGUGCCCCAGAGCGACAACGAGAUUGCGCUGACUGAGGGCGACAUGCUGAUGGUUCUGGAGAAGUCGGCUGACGACGACUGGUGGAAGGCCAAGAAGAAGGGCCACGAUGAAGAGGAGGAAGAGCCUGAGGGUCUAAUUCCAAACAACUACAUCGAGGAGGCCGAUCCCGUCUCGCAAGCCAAAGCUCUCUAUGACUACACCCGCCAAACAGACGAGGAGCUGUCGUUCCAGGAAGACGCCAUACUCGACGUAUACGAUAUCUCAGAUCCCGACUGGUCCCUCGUGGGCUUCGGCGGCGACUACGGAUUCGCUCCAGCAAACUACAUUGAGCUUAUCAAAGGUGGAGCGCCGCCAGCAGCGGCUGCAGCAGCGGCUGCACCAGCAGUCACAUCGCCAGGGCUGCCUCCACGCCGUCCCGCAGCUCCUGGAUCAGACGACGAGCAGGGCCCUCCAACACCAGACAGCCCGCCACACCAAAGCCCCGCUGCUGCUCUUGCGGGUAUCAUCCAAAAGAAGUCUGAGCAGACAGCUCCGAGCUCGGCAAUCUCUCCUCCACCGAACGUAAGCGCAGCUCCUCGAAAGCGUGUGCAGUUCACUCCCGAAGAAUCCGACGAGGAAGCGCCACCACCUCGCCUGCCGAACCGCCCUCCCUCGCAGUCGUUCUCACCGGACCCACAACAUGCCUCUGCACGCUCUCCUUCACCUGAUCGAAUCAGGUCGCCUCCGGCUCGCAGCGUUACCUUCGAUGCGUACGAUCCACCACCUCGAGACAAUGGGCCCAGUACACCGCACUCCGGCUCUGGCUACCAUCUGUACAAUAUCUAUGAGUACUUGACUCAGCCCGGAAAGAACAAGAAGAUGCCUGUUACAUUGGGGAUCAACAUUCCUCGGGGCAUGAUCAUGAUUGCGCCUGAGAAGGCGCGCGACGGAGCGCAGGAGGAAUGGUCAGCGGACAAGAUGGAGUACUAUUCGCAGGAGGGAAAGCAUAUCUUCAUGGAGCUAAAGCAGCCUAGCAAGAGCGUGGACUUCCACUGCGGAGCCAAGGACACUGCGACAGAGAUCAUGUCAGCUCUUGGGGAGCUGGCAGGUGCUGCCAAGGGUGCUGGUCUGCGUGAGGUGCUUGCCGCAGGCUCUGGCCAUUCGAACGUGCAGAAGAAGGGCGUCAUGCUCUUCGACUUCAUGGCUCAGGGCGACGACGAGGUUACCGUUGGUCUAGGCGAUGAGAUUCUGAUCCUCGACGAUUCUGCCAGCGACGAAUGGUGGAAGGUUCGGCGACUGAAGAAUGGCAAGGAGGGUGUUGUUCCUGCUAAUUAUGUCGAGAUCACAGAGACCGUUCCCGUUUCUACUCCAGCAGGUAUCGCACGAUCCGGAACGAACGCUGGGCGAUCGGUCGUAGAUCAGAACAGGCGGGAGGAAGAGGAGAUGGCUCGUCAAACUUCGAGACGAGACAGGCCAAAGAGUGAUGCACGAAGUGAUCAGGUAGGACCUGGUCUGCCUUUACCCGCCCGUGGUUCUAGUCUUCUGCAAACAAGCUCUGACCAUCGUCGUACUUCACAGAGAUCAAGCAUGCGCGAUAGCUCCGCGAGAGACUCGAAAUCGUCGUCGUCUAAGUCAUCGUCGUCGAAAUCUUCCUCCAAGCCGAAUCCUGCAAAGCUGCGUACGUGGACCGAUCGAUCGGGCUCAUUCAAGGUCGAAGCCGAGUUCAUUCUCCUUAAAGAAGGCAAAAUCCAUCUGCAUAAAGUCAAUGGCGUGAAGAUUGCUGUGCCGGUCACGAAGAUGUCCGUUGAGGACUUGGAGUACAUUGAGAACGUCACGGGCGAGUCGUUAGAUGACGACAAACCGCUUUCUGAGAUCAAGAGGAGAAGCACAAUUCGCACGAAUGAAAGAGCUGGCACUUCAUCUCCUGGGAUAUCAGUUCAAAAGAAGCCAAGCUAUGACUGGUUUGAUUUCUUCUUGAAGUGCGGUGUAAACCCUCAGAUUUGCGAGCGCUAUGCGCAAGCUUUCGAAAAGGACCAGAUGGGCGAAGAAAACCUACCAGAUAUCACACCUGCGCUUCUUCGUACACUGGGAUUGAAGGAAGGCGAUAUCCUUCGCGUUACAAAACACUUGGAUAGCCAGUUCAGCCGCAGCGCUGGUGAAGCUAGCGCAGAGAGUGGUACUGGAGGCCUCUUCUCUGGUCCAGGCGGCACACUGCGAAACAACACUCGGAAGGGACGCCCGGCUCCGCCCGUGGAGACGAACAACGAGAUCGAUCCGAAGGCAUUUGAGCAGAAGUCGGAUGAGGCGGUCAAGAAGCCAGCAGAUGCGACGAAAACGCCUUUGGCAUCUGCCCCGGUCCCAGAGAAGAAGUUUGAGGGAGCUAAUGGAUUCGACGAUAACGCAUGGGAUGUCAAGCCCACAAAAUCGACCCCAGCAGCGCCAGCACCCGCAGCGUCACCACCUCCCGCCCAGACAGCACCACCCGCACCGAAACCACCUGCCCUUACAGGCUCUAUGAACGAUCUUUCUUUGCUGGACAUGCCCGCACUCAAGCCAGAAGAGCUGCCAAAGGCACCAGAGCCCACUCCUGCGCCAGCGCCAGCUCUGGCGCCUGCACCCGCUCCUGCUCAACAACCACAGCCAACAGGAGCCACAAUGUCUCUGUUCGACCAAGUAGCCGCCAUCAAGGCGAUGACACAGCCCCAGAGCAUGGCACCACCACGAAUGCGGCCACAGGCACCUCAACAGACAGGGCCUGGUGGGCUCAUCGCACCUCCACCUCAGCGAUCCUCUUCUGCGCCACAGAACCCGCAACAGAACAGCGCUUUCGGUCCUCCGCCAGCGCUCAUGCCCCAACUUACUGGCUACCAAGGCAACCAGAACAUGCCCCAGAUGGCUCCUCCUGGGCAGAGCUUGAACGAUCAGCAGAACAUGCUGAACAUGCAACGAAUGCAACAGCAGAUGACGGGCUUCCCACAACAGAACCCUGGCUUCAACAACUUCCAGCAGAACGGACUCAUGCCCCAGCCGACCGGCUUUCAACAACCGCAGAAUGGCUUCGCCUCAUUCCAGCAACCACAGCCGACAGGUUUCCAACAGCCAAUGCAGACUGGGUUUGGCCAACAGGGUUUCCAGCAAGGCUUCGGCAACGGCAGCCCGUUCGCAGACCCACCACGGGCGCCGUUUCAACCCCAGCCCACUGGCUACAACAGCUUCCAGCCAUCGCCGCUUAACCCCCAGGCUACAAGCAUCAACCAGUUCCUUCCACCUGCUAUUCAGCCUCAGCCGACUGGCUUCGGACAGAGCCCACCUCCUAUGCCGCCAAUGCCACCGAUGCCCUCGAUGCCUACAGCCCAGCCGUUGGUGCCGCAGAAGACUGGUCCUGCUCCUGCCAUCCGAUUCGGAGUACAGCCGGCAAAGAAGUUGGCACCGCAGCCAACGGGCAAGGCCAGUCUCGCCAAUGCUACUCCUCAAAACCCCUUCGGCUUCUGAUCUAGUGGUCACCUCUUGUUUGAAACUUGGCUUGGAUUGUCAGGCAUCUCCCAUUGUGCAUCCGCAUGUAUAUAAUUCGACCUUGAUCUUGGCUUGCUUUGCGAGGGAAAGUGGCAUAGCAGGACCAUACCAUAUUGUUUUAUCCGAAUCGGCAUUCGCUCAUAUUGCGUUGAUGUUGUCUGUUGUAUGUUCGUAGAUUUGUUGUAAUUUGCGUUUGGGUUCGAGAGCGAGUGUCUUGGGGCUGAGCUUGAUAUUUGGAAAACGAUAGCAUGGGGCUGAAGCAGCACGAGCUGCGAGCACAAUC